UCUGCAAAACUUUUUAAAUCAGUUCGUGUCAUGUUGGAAUUCUAGGGUUUUAGGAAAUCUCUUAUAUCUCACUAAAUUAUACAAUUUUUUAUUUUUAUUUUUUUUACUUUUUCUUUGGUUUGAAACCCAAUGUGUUGGAGGAUAAAAAUGAUCGGAAUUCAUCAUGUAGAUGAUCAUGCUUUACCUUUCUCGUUGUGCAGUUAUUGUGGUUCCUCAAUAUGUUGAGCCCUUUCUUUUUUGUGAACCUGAAGAUCCAACCUUAAUCAAUAAUAAUAAUAAUAAAUUCUGUGCUACAUUUUGUUAUACCCUAAAACCUCUUUGGUAUUGGGAUACAAUUUUCAAAUGGAGAAAAAAAUACUUAAUAACGAUGGAUCUGGAGACUGAAAAUAGAUUAGCUGCUAUGCUUAUGAAGGAAGCAGCUGAGUUGCGGCGGCAGUCUGAAAAGGAAGGUGUUCUAGCUUAUCUUCAAAAGCCUAAUGUACGGAAUCGCCCAAAUUCACGUUUCCUCACUGCUACCGUACUUGGGGUACAACAAGCAAAUCGAACUGUGGAAGUAAAUGAAAUGUGGCGAGCGCGGGAGAAAGAAAUGGAGCUAGAUAAAAGGGUUGCAGGCACAUCAAUAGAUAAAAGCAGUGGUGACAAAAGGCAUAGGGAUCAUAGCUCAUCAAGAAGCACUAGUGCCUCUGCUUCAUGCUCAACUAAAAAAGAAUAUGAGCAUACUCCAGAAGGUUUAAAUGACGAAGAGCUUGAGGAGUUUCUACACUCAAGGAUGAAGCGAGGCAGAGGUGCUAUUGGUCCAAGGAUGGACGAGACAGGGCCUUACCUUCCUCCUAAUCCUGAUGAAGAGCCUUGUACCAGUCUGGAUUUAAGGGAACGUCGUGCUAUUUAUGGUCCGCAGAGGCCUCCAUCGUUGCAAUCAGACGAGUCUGAGGAGGAGCUUCAUGAAGAAAAGCGGAAAAAGAGUAAAAAGUCGCAUAAAAGCCACUCGGACAAGGGACAUUCUAAGAAGCACAGAUCCAAAGAUAAAUCUAAACAUAAGAAAAAGAAAAGGGAGGAGAAAAGAAGUAAACAUCAUCGCUAGCUAAGGCUAUUAUGUAAUAUGAUGUUCUCAGAAGUGGUUAAUACCUGCUUAAACUGUCAAUUAGGAUAGAACUAAUUAUUUGUACUUCUGUAACAUCAAAUGCAAUUCCUGC